UUUUGCGUCGUGACGUAGACACGUCGUCGCAGACAGGCGGACUCGGUGCGUGUCGGUCUGUGUAUGCGUGUCUCCAGCUAGGCCACAGAGUGAUGGCGGCGCCGUCCUGAGAGUGUCCACCCCGCGGUGGGAGAGAAUAGCUAGGCUCCUUGUCUGUCUACUGGGCAUCUUGUUGUCUCUGUACGCUUUUCACGUCGAGAGGGAAACGGCUCGGGAUCCGAGUUAUCGGGCAAUGUGUGAUGUCAGCAGUUCCAUCAGCUGUUCCAAAGUGUUCAGCUCGAGGUGGGGUCGAGGAUUUGGACUCUUGGGCUCAAUUUUUGGAAAUGACAGUGCACUGAACCAGCCAAACAGUGUCUAUGGGAUGGUCUUUUAUGCUUUUCAGCUCCUAUUAGGAAUGACCGUCAGUGCAAUGGCUGCUCUUAUUCUCAUGAUGACGUCCAUCUUGUCGGUGGUGGGCUCGCUCUACCUGAGCUACAUCCUCUAUUUUGUCCUAAAGGACUUCUGCAUCAUCUGCAUCACCACAUACGCGCUGAACUUCAUUCUCUUUAUUCUCAACUACAAGCGACUGGUUUACUUGAACGAGGCCUGGAAGCAGCAGCUCCAGACCAAACAGGACUAAGCUGUUGAGACGGCAACACAAAAAAAAGAAAGAAAGAAAGAAAGAAAAAAAAAAAAAGGAAUAUGACCUCUGAACAUUUGACUUGCCACCAGGAGACCUUGCUUCCAAACGACGUUUAUUCUGCUGUGUUCAAAAAAAAAAAAAGAAGAAAUUAAUCUUGAUGUUGGGCCUGACAUGUUGAUCACAGAAGGAUUUUUAAGGAUUUUCUUUGUUUUUCUUAUUGUCUUUGUACU